AUGAAACUUAUUAAGGAUCUGAUGGUUCGUCUCUCGCGAGACGCGAACAGGCUCAACAGGGACCAUCGCCCUCUUGUUGCAUUUGCAAAAGAAAGUUGCGUGGAGCUGCCUGCUGGGGGGAAGAAGCUCUUUAUGAGGCCCCAGUGUGUCCGACACACUCAGACCGGAGGAUCCAGCGGAAGUGUACCAAGGGCUAUCUUUGUUUUCCCCAUCUCUCAUGGUCGAAGAAACCCGAGCCCCGAGCCCAAGCCCAAGGCCGGUCCCAGAAGGCCCAGGAGGGAUGGCUCGUCCUCCGAAGAAAGUCGGGUCUUCUUUGUCUGGAAUGGCUUUGAGCAUCAACCCGAUACAGGCCGUCAAUAA